UGUCAGCAGUUGAGUUUGAACAUGUUUCUUGCAAUUUCUUGUCCAUAAGGUGUUUGUGUUAUUGUCUUUGAGUCUAAUAUUGUUGCAAUGACUCUUGCAUUGUGUUUCUCUGUGCUAUUUUUGGUCCAAUGAAUUGGAGAGUAGGAAUUUUCAAUCUUGCAGAUUGUAGCUGCCCUUGCUGCUCAAUGAAAGCUUUUGUUUAUUAUGGAAUCGCGAUUUUUCAGGAGAUUGCUUUCUUCGAUGUUACUCGAACGGGAGAAAUCUUAAGUAGGUUGUCGGAAGAUACACAGAUCAUAAAGAAUGUCGCAACUACCAAUGUUUCUGAGGCCAUGAAGAACCUAGCAACAGCACUUACGGGUCUCAGCUUCAUGUUUGCAACAUCUUGGAAGUUAACAUUGUUGGCUUUGGCUGUUGUGCCUGUAAUUUCUGUUGCUGUCUGUAAAUUUAGGCAUUUCCUGCGUGAACUAUCUCACAAAAUUCAAACUGCAGCUGCAGUAGCAUCUUCAAUUGCUGAGGUAUUUCUCUUCCAUCAAACCAACAUUAGGAGAUGAUAUUCAUUUUCAAUCUAAUCUUAAUUUUGCAUGCUGCUUAGAAAUC